ACAGCAUCUAGUCUGCUGGAAACGCAAAUGAAGAGCGUAAACGGAAGUAAACAAUGACCAAGAAGCACUUCCACGUCAGCGUUUUUAUUGUUAUUUAGACGUUUAUUAACACGAGGGAACUCAAAAUAUGACUAAUUUAACUGCACAGCAUCACAUAUUUACCCGAUGUUGUAUUUAAUUCGCGUUGGAUACAGGACUUGGUUGAUAGACGUUAACGUUAUAUAGGUAACGCUAGCUAGCUAACGUUAGCUAAAAGUAACAAUGGCUAACUGUAUGGUUUUUCACACUCAAAUAGCCUCCAUCAUGGAGGUGCUAGCGAAUUCAGCCGUGGCAGAUAUCUGUAAACUCGUAGACAACGACUAUGCAGUGUUUCGUUUGGAAAUAACUCAAAGCCAGAAAGAAAACAGGGCAUUAAGGAGGAAACUACAGCUAAUGGACCUGAAGGUGGCACGGGAGCGCGCAGAGAGGACAAUCCGAGAGCGCGCCCUCGCCAGUCGUCCCAGUAGUGUCAAGAUCCUCGAUCGAUACAGAGGAAUGGCAAGAGGUGAAGGACAUCUCACUGGAGGCCACAGGAGCUUUGUGAAGCCAGCAGGACACAAUACAUGGAGAGAUGACCAACCAAUAGCUGUUGAUGAGGGGAGUGGAACCUCAACCCAGCAUGUUAUUGUGAUAGAGGAGGAGGAGGGUCCAGAGGGGCUGCUGGUGAAGGAGGAGGGGUGUGAGGAGGGUCUGGGGAACCCUGAGGGGAACAUGGUCAUGGAGGACAACCAGACUACACCUCCUCCUGAACCCAGAGAGGAACCAGCUGAGCAUCACAGGACCACACACAGUCUCACUGAGUCAGUAGACAUGGAGGAUGGGAAGCCUGAUCUGCUGCUGGUCAAAGAGGAGACAAUAGAAGAUGAACCAGAGAGCAUUGAUCUGCUGAGUGGACUAAAGAUGGGGGAGCAAGGUGGUUGGCUGGAGGAUGACAGAGGAGACUGGGCGGCCAUCUUGGAUUCCCAGACCCAGACAGGUGCAGCCAAGGGCCCGCGGGACAACAUAGUGGAGUCUGCAGUCCAUGAGGACCUGCUGAUAUCCAGUGUUGCUGGCGGGAGAGACUGGACCUCUGAAGCGGCUGGUCACAAAACCUGGCCCCUGAUCAGGAUCCUGGAUCAGGAGCCGUCGCUGUUCCUUCCCGAGUCAGAACCGGAACCGAACCGCGAGGGACAGAGACUCCACCACCACACAGAACACAACCAGUGGACAGGUGGACUGAACAACCUCAGUCCUGGUGGUCAUCAGAGAGACAGAGCCUCCAGUCAGGGAUCCAGUCUGCAGCCCAGACCCUUCUCUUCACAGUCUCAGUGCAGGGAUGAAGCAGGACCUGGGGCUGAUAGAGAUAGACCCUCAUGUUCCUAUGAUACAAACACCACAGUAUCCAUGAUGAACAGAGCAGGUCAACCUGAGCUUCAGCCUUCACAGAGAGUGGUGGGAGACCCCCCUGGUGGUAGUCUGUCUUCUCCUUCAGGGUCUUGUCUAAUGCCUGGUGACUGGGUUCAUAGAAAUCCUGGGCCUGGGUCUAGCCUUCCUCGGUUACCUCAUGGUUACCCCACCAAUACAGACCGGGUCAGGAUGGGCGUUCACCACGACAAGUAUUUAGCCUAUAACACAGCACACAAUCCCAACAACACCCAAACAAUGGCAAGUGGUCAAGGAGGGAGCUCAAAAGCUCCUGCUUCUACCUCCUCUGGUGUCAUUGGGUCACAACGUGGGAGGCCAAAUAUUAGAGCUGACGGCGACAAGCCGUACAGCUGCGCCACAUGUGGGAAGCACUUUACUAGGGCAAACUAUUUGAAGGAGCAUCAGACCGUUCACACCAAGGAGAGGCCGUUCAAGUGCAAACUAUGUUACAAGAGCUUCCCCUUCCGGAGUAACCUUAUCAGACAUAGGAGUGUCCACAAUGGGGAGAAAUCAUAGCACUGUGGCUUGAGAUGUACACAGGGGAUGUCAGGAAACCAUUCUUUAGCUGACAUAGUUAUAUUGUGAAGUGUCUUGGGGUAAGAGUGUAAUUAACCACAUACCCCUUAUUAACUCUUUGUUAACUUGUCAUUUGAAACAGGCUUGCGUAAAUACCUGUUUUUAUAGAGACCAUAAACCUAGGCUAAAACAAGGACAGUUGAAAAUGUACCUUGCUGAGGUGAUGGAAUAAAGUCGUUCUAUAAUUUUCUACUCUAUUCUUGUUAACACACUGUUCUUUCUAAACAAAUUGCUCGCAGCUUGAAAGAUACUGAUCAUAGCAGAUUUGACAUGUAUUGUAAGAAGCUGUACUGUAUUUCCAGAACAGCGAGCGUACCUUUUUAAUUUAGUCACACCCUUUGCGCUUUGACGGCAACCAAUGAGAUCCUUUCUUUUCAGUGUUAACGGAAGUGGUGUGUUUUGAUUUGUCUACUUCUCUCUGGUCUUUUCUUAUUUGGGCAAAAGUGCAUCCUUUGCAGUAAUGUAGGGUAUAUGCAGUUAUACACCUAUAACCACUUAUUUUUCAGUGUGCAUUGAGUAUACUCGCUUCUUAAUCCCCACGAUGCGUAUCAAAGUAGUGUAGUGGAGGUAUACGCUGCGUCAAUAAGGCUGAUGGAACAGAUCAGAAUGUUUAGCAUAAAAUGUUGAUAAACUAUUAUUGCUUCACAUUUUAGGUGCAGCAAUGUGCACACGGCAGUAGGCCUAAGUGUGAAUGUUCAAAAAUGCAAUUUGCGGGAAAACACAUUUCUAAUAUGUGCACUGCACAUGCAUGCGAUUUGAUGGACAGAGAUGGAAAUAUCCGUUUAGAAAUUUUAAAAGAGGGGAGCUCUAAAGAUGCAACAACUAUCAUUGGUUGCUAAUAUGACAAGGAUAAUGCCUUGGCUGCUAGGCAAUGGAAAGAAAACCAAUAGAACUGGAGAAUAUAAUGAAGUUGUUAUAAAAUAAUUGACUCCCCGUUUAUAUGGUGGAAUUUUGGCCAUAUGCUACUUUAAAUCAAGGUAAGACAGGCCUCAUAUGACAAAACGUCCAGGUUUCAAACAAUUAAGGGAUAGGAAAAUAGGAACAGUACUGUUUGUCAUCAGAUACGUCAGAGCUCGCAACAAAACAUUGUACUCUCUACACUUAAAUCAAAUGUAUUUAUAUAGCCCUUCUUACAUCAGCUGAUAUCUCAAAGUGCUGUACAGAAACCCAGCCUAAAACCUAAAACAGCAAGCAAUGCAGGUGUAGAAGGACGGUGGCUAGGAAAAACUCCCUAGAAAGGCCAAAACCUAGGAAGAAACCAGGCUAUGAGGGGUGGCCAGUCCUCUUCUGGCUGUGCCGGGUGGAGAUUAUAACAGAACAUGGCCAAGAUGUUCAAAUGUUCAUAAAUGACCAGCAUGGUCAAAUAAUAAUAAUCACAGUAGUUUUUCAUUUUCAUUCCAAGAUGGCAAAGCAGUCAGACAUCAUUUUUCCUCAUCUUGUCCUGUCCCGUGUAUAUACACUGCUCAAAAAAAUAAAGGGAACACUAAAAUAACACAUCCUAGAUCUGAAUGAAUGAAAUAUUCGUAUUAAAUACUUUUUUCUUUACAUAGUUGAAUGUGCUGACAACAAAAUCACAACAAUUAUCAAUGGAAAUCAAAUUUAUCAACCCAUGGAGGUCUGGAUUUGGAGUCACACUCAAAAUUAAAGUGGAAAACCACACUACAGGCUGAUCCAACUUUGAUGUAAUGUCCUUAAAACAAGUCAAAAUGAGGCUCAGUAGUGUGUGUGGCCUCCACGUGCCUGUAUGACCUCCCUACAACGCCUGGGCAUGCUCCUGAUGAGGUGGCGGAUGGUCUCCUGAGGGAUCUCCUCCCAGACCUGGACUAAAGCAUCCGCCAACUCCUGGACAGUCUGUGGUGCAACUUGGCAUUGGUGGAUGGAGCGAGACAUGAUGUCCCAGAUGUGCUCAAUUGGAUUCAGGUCUGGGGAACGGGCGAGCCAGUCCAUAGCAUCAAUGCCUUCCUCUUGCAGGAACUGCUGAUACACUCCAGCCACAUGAGGUCUAGCAUUGUCUUGCAUUAGGAGAAACCCAGGGUCAACCGCACCAGCAUAUGGUCUCACAAGGGGUCUGAGGAUGUCAUCUCGGUACCUAAUGGCAGUCAGGCUACCUCUGGCGAGCCCAUAGAGGGCUGUGCGGCCCCCCAAAGAAAUGCCACCCCACACCAUGACUGACCCACCGCCAAAACGGUCAUGCUGGAGGAUGUUGCAGGCAGCAGAACGUUCUCCACGGCGUCUCCAGACUCUGUCACGUCUGUCACAUGUGCUCAGUGUGAACCUGCUUUCAUCUGUUAAGAGUACAGGGCGCCAGUGGCGAAUUUGCCAAUCUUGGUGUUCACUGGCAAAUGCCAAACGUCCUGCACGGUGUUGGGCUGUAAGCACAACCCCCACCUGUGGAUGUCGGGCCCUCAUACCACCCUAAUGGAGUCUGGUUCUGACCGUUUGAGCAGACACAUGCACAUUUGUGGCCUGCUGGAGGUCAUUUUGCAGGGCUCUGGCAGUGCUCCUCCUGUUCCUCCUUGCACAAAGGCGGAGGUAGCGGUCCUGCUGCUGGGUUGUUGCCCUCCUACGGCCUCCUCCACGUCUCCUGAUGUACUGGCCUGUCUCCUGGUAGCGCCUCCAUGCUCUGGACGGCCUGUCUCCUGGUAGCGCCUCCAUGCUUUGGACACUACGCUGACAGACACAGCAAACCUUCUUGCCACAGCUCGCAUUGAUGUGCCAUCCUGGAUGAGCUGCACUACCUGAGCCACUUGUGUGGGUUGUAGACUCCGUCUCAUGCUACCACUAGAGUGAAAGCACCGCCAGCAUUCAAAAGUGACCAAAACAUCAGCCAGGAAGCAUAGGAACUGAGAAGUGGUCUGUGGUCACCACCUGCAGAACCACUCCUUUAUUGGGGGUGUCUUGCUAAUUGCCUAUAUUUUCCACCUGUUGUCUAUUCCAUUUGCACAACAGCAUGUGAAAUGUAUUGUCAAUCAGUGUUGCUUCCUAAGUGGACAGUUUGAUUUCACAGAAGUGUGAUUGACUUGGAGUUAAAUUGUGUUGUUUAAGUGUUCCCUUUAUUUUUUUGAGCAGUGUAUAUUUACAUCUUUUCUUCGCAUAUCUUUUUAUAUAUUUUUUUCCUAAAAACUCAACUUCAAAACACUCCUGCAACCCACCUCAACAAUAAAAAAAAUAAAAAAAUAUUAUUCACCUCAAAUCUGAAAUCCACAACAGAAGCUAGCCAGAAGUUAGCCAGUUCACAUUAGUAUUCAGCUAACCACGGUUGGCGGUCAUCAGCUAUCCUUUAGCUCGAAUAGCUAUCGCCAGUUUUGUACAACGCGACUCAGACCAGAGCAUACCGGACCUAUUUUCUCUCCAUAUCCCCGGAUUUCUAUCGCAAGCUCUGGACAUUUACACCUGGAUCUUGCAGCUAGCUAGCUGCUAUCCGAGUGACUAUUGGCUAACGUCUGUCCCAGAGCAAACAUCAAUUAUUCCGGAGCUAGCCAGCUGAAGAGUUCCAUCAGCCACUCCUGGGCUACAAUCCCCUAUCCGGACCCGUUUAACUGCCGAUGCGGAGCCCCACCUGGUCUUCACGACUGGACUACCGACGUUAUCUGCCCGAGGGAGUUAUCCAACUGGCCCCUCGGUCGCGACGUAACCUGAACGCCCAUCUGCGGCCCGGUAAUCGUUAGCUGUCUUAUCGGCUGCUAUCUGAAUAUGUCUAUCGGACAAUUUUCUUGGGCCACUAUAACUAUAUCUAUUUUGCCAAUUGGAUUGGUCCCCUCUACCACACGGAACCCCACUAAUCUCCUGACGGAAACGCACGAGGUGGCUAAAAACAGACUGCCAGCUUGCUACCCAUGGCCCAGCUAGCCGUCUGAAUCGCCAAGACCAACCAACCUCACUACUCACUGGACCCUUAUGAUCACUCGGCUAAGCAUGCCUCUCCUUAAUGUCAAUAUGCCUUGUCCAUUGCUGUUCUGGUUAGUGUUUAUUGGCUUAUUUCACUGUAGAGCCUCUAGCCCUGCUCAUUAUACCUUAUUGAACCUUUCAGUUCCACCACCCACACAUGCGAUGACAUCACCUGGUUUCAAUGAUGUUUCUAGAGACUAUCUCUCUCAUCAUCACUCAAUGCCUAGGUUUACCUCCACUGUAUUCACAUCCUACCAUACCUUUGUCUGUACAUUAUACCUUGAAGCUAUUUUAUCGCCCCCAGAAACCUGCUCCUUUUACUCUCUGUUCCGGACAUCCUAUACGACCAAUUCUCAUAGCUUUUAGCCGUACCCUUAUCCUACUCCUCCUCUGUUCCUCUGGUGAUGUAGAGGUGAAUCCAGACCCUGCAGUGCCUAGCUCCACUCCUAUUCCCCAGGCGCUCUCUUUUGAUGACUUCUGUAACCGUAAUAGCCUUGGUUUCAUGCAUGUUAACAUUAGAAGCUUCCUCCCUAAGUUUGUUUUAUUCACUGCUUUAGCACACUCUGCCAACACGGAUGUCCUAGCCGUGUCUGAAUCCUGGCUUAGGAAGACCACCAAAAAUGUUGAAAUCUCCAUCCCUAACUACAACAUUUUCAGACAAGAUAGAACGGCCAAAGGGGUGGUGUUGCAAUCUACUGCAGAGAUAGCCUGCAGAGUUCUGUCCUACUAUAUAGGUCUGUACCAAAACAAUUUGAACUUCUACUUUUAAAAAUCCACCUCUCUAAAAACAAGUCUCUUACCGUUGCUGCUUGCUAUAGACCACCCUCUGCCCCCAGCUGUGCUCUGGACACCAUAUGCGAACUGAUUGCCCCCCAUCUAUCUUCAGAGCUCGUGCUGCUAGGUGGCCUAAACUGGGACAUGCUUAACACCUUAGCCAUCCUAUAAUCUAAGCUUGAUGCCCUCAAUCGCACACAAAUUAUCAAUGAACCUUCCAGGUACUACCCCAAAGCCGGAAACACGGGCACCCUCAUAGAUAUCAUCCUAACCAACUUGCCCUCUAGAUACACCUCUGCUGUUUUCAACCAAGAUCUCAGCGAUCACUGCCUCAUUGCCUGCAUCCGUAAUGGGUCAGCGGUCAAACGACCUCCACUCAUCACUGUCAAACGCUCCCUGAAACACUUCAGCGAGCAGGCCUUUCUAAUCGACCUGGCCCGGGUAUCCUGGAAGGAUAUUGACCGUCAGUAGAGGAUGCCUGGUUAUUUCUUUUAAAUGCCUCCCUCACCAUCUUAAAUAAGCAUGCCUCAUUCAAGAAAUUUAGAACCAGGAACAGAUAUAGCCCUUUGUUCUCUCCAGACCUGACUGCCCUUAACCAACACAAAAACAUCCUAUGGCGUUCUGCAUUAGCAUCGAACAGCCCCCGUGAUAUGCAACUUUUCAAGGAAGUUAGAAACCAAUAUACAUAGGCAGUUAGAAAAGCCAAGGCUAGCUUUUUCAAGCAGAAAUUUGCUUCCUGCAACACAAACUCAAAAAAGUUCUGGGACACUAAAGUCCAUGGAGAAUAAGAACACCUCCUCCCAGCUGCCCACUGCACUGAGGAUAGGAAACUCUGUCACCACCGAUAAAUCCACUAUAAUUGAGAAUUUCAAUAAGCAUUUUUCUACAGCUGGCCAUGCUUUCCACCUGGCUACCCCUACCCCGGUCAACAGCACUGCAGCCCCCACAGCAACUCGCCCAAGCCUUCCCCAUUUCUCCUUCUCCCAAAUCCAGUCAGCGGGUGUUCUGAAAGAGCUGCAAAAUCUGGACCCCUACAAAUCAGCCGGGCUAGACAAUCUGGGCCCUUUCUUUAUAAAAUUAUCUGCCUAAAUUGUUGCAACCCCUAUUACUAACCUGUUCAACCGCUCUUUCGUGUCGUCUGAGAUUCCCAAAGAUUGGAAAGCACAUGCGGUCAACCCCCUCUUCAAAGGGGGACACACUCUUGACCCAAACUGCUACAGACCUAUAUCUAUCCUACCCUGCCUUUCUAAGGUCUUCGAAAGCCAAGUCAACAUACAGAUUACAGUCCAUUUCAAAUCCCACCGCACCUUCUCCGCUAUGCAAUCUGGUUUCAGAGCUGGUCAUGGGUGCACCUCAGCCACGCUCAAGGUCCUAAACGAUAUCUUAACCGCCAUCGAUAAGAAAUAAUACUGUGCAGCCGUAUUCAUUGACCUGGCCAAGGCUUUCGACUCUGUCAAUCACCACAUCAUCAUCGGCAGCCUCAAUAGCCUUGGUUUCUCAAAUGAUUGCCUCGCCUGGUUCACCAACUACUUCUCUGAUACAGUUCAGUGUGUCAAAUCGGAGGGCCUGUUGUCCGGGCCUCUGGCAGUCUCUAUGGGGGUGCCACAGGGUUCAAUUCUUGGGCCGACUCUUUUCUGUAUACAUCAAUGGUGUCGGUCUUGCUGCUGGUGAGUCUCUGAUCCACCUCUACGCAGACGACACCAUUCUGUAUACUUCUGGCCCUUCUUUGGACACUGUGUUAACAACCCUCCAGACGAGCUUCAAUGCCAUACAACUCUCCUUCCGUGGCCUCCAACUGCUCUUAAAUACAAGUAAAACUAAAUGCAUACUCUUCAACCGAUCGCUGCCUGCACCUGCCCGCCCGUCCAGCAUCACUACUCUGACUUAGAAUAUGACGGUUCUGACUUAGAAUAUGUGGACAACUACAAAUACCUAGGUGUCUGGUUAGACUGUAAACUCUCCUUCCAGACUCACAUCAAACAUCUGCAAUCCAAAGUUUAAUCUAGAAUUGGCUUCCUAUUUUGCAACAAAGCAUCCUUCACUCAUGCAGCCAAACAUACCCUCGUAAAACUGACCAUCCUACCGAUCCUCGACUUCGGCGAUGUCAUUUACAAAAUAGCCUCCAAUACCCUACUCAAUAAAUUGGAUGCAGUCUAUCACAGUGCCAUCCGUUUUGUCACCAAAGCCCCAUAUACUACCCACCACUGCGACCUGUACGCUCUCGUUGGCUGGCCCUCGCUUCAUACUCGUCGCCAAACCCACUGGCUCCAGGUCAUCUAUAAGACCCUUCUAAGUAAAGUCCCCCUUAUCUCAGCUCACUGGUCACCAUAGUAGCACCCACCUGUAGCACGCGCUCCAGCAGGUACAUCUCUCUGGUCACCCCCAAAGCCAAUUCCUCCUUUGGCCGCAUCUCGUUCCAGUUCUCUGCUGCCGAUGACUGGAACGAACUACAAAAAUCUCUGAAACUGGAAACAAUUAUCUCCCUCACUAGUUUUAAGCACCAGCUGUCAGAGCAGCUCACUGAUUACUGCACCUGUACAUAGCCCAUCUAUAAUUUAGCCCAAACAAAUUCCCCUUCCCCUACUGUAUGUAUUUAUUUUGCUCCUUUGCACCCCAUUUUCUAUUUCUACUUUGCACAUUCUUCCACUGCAAAUCUACCAUUCCAGUGUUUUACUUGCUAUAUUGUAUUUACUUUGCCACCAUGGCCUUUCUUUGCCUUUACCUCCCUUAUCUCACCUCAUUUGCUCACAUUGUAUAUAGACUUAUUUUUCUACUGUAUUAUUGACUGUAUGUUUGUUUUACUCCAUGUGUAACUCUGUGUUGUUGUAUGUGUCGAACUGCUUUGCUUUAUCUUGGCCAGGUCGCAAUUGUAAAUGAGAACUUGUUCUCAACUUGCCUACCUGGUUAAAUAAAGGUGAAAUAAAAAAAACAAAAUAAAAAAGUUGCAGAGGGUGCAACAAGUCAGCA